AUGCCGAUACUGAUCAAACCUCGUCGACUGCAAGAACUCGAGGCAAAAAGUGACGAGUUGCAUCGAGAGCUUGGAGAAGUCGACUCGGACGACGAGGACAGCGAGGCCCAGCGCCAAGCAAAACAAGAGUCGUUGGUAGCUCUCGAGCGUGAGUUAAGACCGCUUAAGACGGACUGGGACCGCACGUGCAGGGAUGCUCAUGUGGCGUACCGCCCCGAAGACGAGAUGAAAGCAAAUUCUCUCAUGAACAACCUCUUCAACCUCUAUAAAGAUUUCGGCCUCCCCAUCAACGGCAACAUGGCCGUCGACACCUCGGCCCUAGGUCUCGCUGUAGAUUCGCCUGAUGCUGAUCCGGACACACCGCGCAGGCCGCGAAUGCGAGUGAAGAGGGGAGGGGCGGUGCUCACCCCAGAUCGUAAUGGAGUUUUUGAGUCAGACACGCGUAAGAGGAAGCGAGGCCGCAGCUCCGCCAUUUCUCACAAGCGACCGCGCAUUCAAGGCAACAGAAAUUCCAUACAUUUCAAUGCCGUCUACCAAAACAGACGCGCCGCCAAGAAGCACACCAUUAUCCGGGUCCCCGAGGACGAGGAUCCUGUGCGCCCGGCCAAGUUUUACAUCUUGCGAUGUGAGCACCACGACAUCGACUUUAACGACAAUCCUUUACAGGCAGGUUUGGCGCAUUUAUCAGAAGCCCAUCAGCAUGAGAACCCUUCAUUUGAGACUGUUGUCCAGCACUUUGGUUAUGAGCUUAUUGGCUGCGACGACGAAAAACUCAUUCAAAACAACAAAGCCGCCAAGGAAUCCUUUCAAAAAGGUGAAAGAGGCGCGCGUGACUUUAUUCGCGUUACUGAUUCGCCUUCACCCAACACAUCGCGCAAGAAAACCAGCAACGCCGCCAAGAAGGGCAGGUCAAGUCGCAAGUCCCGGAACACCAUUAAUCCCCGCGACUUGGUUCCUGGAGAUGUCUACAUAAUCUACUGGUCCUCAUCGAAACAGUGGUAUUGUGGUCUGUAUAUCCCUUUGCAAGAUCCCGAAUCCGUUGGCAUAGACGAAUCCCUUGAGGCGUUGGGCUUACUUAACAACAUACCGCCUUGUUAUGAGUACGAUAGCUCCAGCAAGUCCUUCUCCUGGGCAGAGGGUUAUGAAGAUGGAGGGGAGGACGCUUCGGAACAGCAAUUUCCGUUCAUGUUUUUCGAGGGACUUGAUUUUCCUGACCUGUGCCAUGUUGCUUGGAUUCCUCUCGACGAAAUCCAGCCUUGGGAUGAGGAAAAGGCGCUGAUGAUUGAGCACAGUGACCAGGCUUUUGAAUAUCUCAAGAAGCGGGAGGCAGCUCAACAGCCCAAGCGGUUGGGUCCAAACGAUGAGAUUCCAGAUUCCGCUGAUGAUAACUCCACGUCCGAUCUUGCGCCUCGGUCACCAGUUGCAGAGUCCUCGACAGAUUUCCAACCUGCUCAGAACGCCGGGACCGUUACACCUAACACAGCCCCAGAAGCUGAUGCUGCUGAUGAGGCUGGAGACACAGACGUGACUGGGCUGACUGAAAAAACGCUGAAGGACCCCGAAGGAGCACCCGAAGAAGAGCACGACGCUCACCCAGAGCUUGAAGAAGCGCAGAAGGACAUGAGAGAAGCAAUCGAAGAAGAGCGGGAGAUUCUUGCAGAGCCCGAAGAAGCACAGGGCACCCAUAUGGAAAUUGAAGAGACGCAGGACACUGGAUUUGAAUCCGAAGAAGAGCAGGAUGUUCUAACAGAGCCUGAAGAAGUACAGAAUGACGUCAUAUUGAAGUCUGGAGAAGUGCAGAACGACGCCACGCCGGAACCUCGAGAAGUGCAGAAGGAUACCGAGAUGGAAGUUGAAGACGCGCAGGAAACUGGACCAGAACCUGGGAAAGUCGCCGAGUCACCCGUACAACCCGUUACAGUCGAAAACGAAGAUAUCGCCAUGAGUCUAGAGGAAAGCUCUACCGACAGUACUACUCAACAACCAACCGAGGACAGCGAGGAUGUUGUGAUGGAAACUCCAGAAGAUGCAACACCGGAACCUCUGCAGCAGAAUGACUCUCAGCCUGAUGGAGACGAUCAGGAGAUUGUUUUUGAUACUCAGGAAGAUCCAGCCGAAAACGUCUCCUCCCCGAAGGAACCAAAGGAAGUCACCGCGGAACGAGAGCAGGAAAGCCCAUCACAGGAAGCAAGAGAAGAACGUUUACCCAGUGUCGAUUUAGAGGAUCUCCUAACUGCAGGCGAGGAUCUGGAGUUCCAGUUUUCACAGUCUGAACAGAGAGAACUCGGUCAAAGGCCAGCACCUCCACCUUCCCGUGAGGCAGUUGGUCGUGCGAACGCACCAAAUGACGUUGUCAACACGAAACAGGAAGAAAGCUUGCCUGCCUCGCCUACUCCCGAGACAACCAAUGUUACUCGUAUGGAAACGGACUCUGGAGAUGAGACACGGGAGGCUAGUCAACCUCAGCGCUCUUCUGUCGCUACGGAAUCUUCAAAUGACGAGACUCCACGGCCACGCCUAUCGUACGCUGAAAUGGGUCGAGCUUCUUCCUUGUCAGAGGGUGUUCCAAGCGACGUCGUUGAGUCACGGCCGCAAAUUCAACCUGCUUCGAGACGGGCUCGUUCAGGGACUCCUAAUCGCAACGCAUUCGCUGCGCAGUCACGAAUGUCAUCGCUAUCAAAGUCACCUGUUGUAUCUCGCCCACCUGCAAUGUCGCCGCCAGCGACAAUACCGUUCUCACCCACAGCGCCGUCUGCUUCGACUCCUUUACAGCUGCCUAGGAUGUCACAGCCUCCGCCUUCUUCUCAGUCAUCAGUCAUACGAUCACCAACAUCGCAACGCCCGCCUUCAGGGUUACAGCACCCAGUCUCAUCAUGGCCGCUGGACAACUCAUGGGCAUCAACGACACCACAGCGCUUAGGGUCAUCACAAUCAUCAGCUCUUGCGCGUCGGCCUGCACCAUCUCAGCUAACGGCAGCCUCGCAACCGCCGCAAUUAUCACAGCUUCCAGCGGCCAGGCCCUCGACAUUAUGCCGCCCACCUUCAUCAUCUCAACAAUCGCCUUCGGGGUCACCGUUCCGUGCCCCAAUAGCGCAAAUGGGGCCCGCAGCGCAAGUAGCAAUGUCUCCUGGACCUGCUGUGUCUAACGGCGAACAGCCACACAAUGUACGGCCGACAUCGCAGACAUCGCAGGUCCUGGCACCUCCCCGCCACUCACAAGUACAGAGUCCACUACCAGAAGAUGCUCAGAAUCGCUCUGAAGUCUUGAGGCAUCCUCAUGCAGCUCAGCCCAGGGCGUCUGCGCAGGCUCUGGGAAACAGUCCCGGAUCCAAAGAGCCUCUACGUGCGAUAAAGCCCAAGGCACCAUCCAAGCCCACAGUUGAGAUUGUCUUGCUUAACCGUCAAGCAGUCAAUGAAGCGCGGUUACAGUCCAUGACAACUGGACAGCCAGCAGCAGCAGUAGCCAGUCCUACAGAGAUGCCAGCAGCUCAUGAAAGACAUUCAGAACCUGCACAUACAACACCAACGCCGCCAGUUAUGUCUGCUACCAGACCUAUAGCCCCAGCUGCGCGCCGCCCGCUUCCUCACGAGAGACCGUCACCUAGACCUUCUGCUUCACCCGUAAAGAGCCGCGAGGCCCCCAAGGCCAAGCCAUCACAAAACCAGGCCCUUAGUGCUUCUUCUCAACAUUCUUCCGGGGCAGAGAACACUUCAGCAGCUCAGGUAGAGCGACCAGCACAAACGAUAUCAGGCCAGCCACCUGCUAGAUAUGCUUCUCGACCUACUUCCCCGGUACACCAAAACUCACCCCGCUUGCCGCCCAUGAAUGUCCCUGAAGAAGGACACUAUCUCCCCAAUACAAUGCUAGUCCAACAACAGACAUCCCUGUCGAGACCUAGUUCUUCGGGACAUGCUGGACCGCAGCCUAUGCCUUCACCUCGUCUGGCUGCUCGAUCUAUAUCGCGACCCGGCUCUGCAUCCCAAAUGCAUAUUAGAUCACAGGCCAUGCCUUCUCCCCAUCAACUGGCGGCAGAAGUUCAGCGACCUCAGUCCAGUUUCCAAGGGCAUCCUGGGUCACAGCCGAUGUACUCUCCCCGACAAGUUCCUGGAGAAAUCCCUCGCCAUGCUUCGGGCUAUGAAAGGCAUCCAAAUCAUCGUCCUGCUCCAUCACCACGGCGUCCCUAUGCUGUUCCGGUGCAGCCACCCCCAUCGCCUCACCAGCCUUUCAGUCGUUUUCCUCAUCAAAGCCCUGAGAUGCAGGGGCAGGGCUAUGUUUCCCAGCGUCAUGCAUCAACUGGGACCUUGUCACCACAAGCGCCAACAGCGGAAAAUCAAUUGCCACCUAUUCGACUACCAAACAUCUCUCGUCCUCGAUCUGAAGCCCACACAACUCAGAACAUGAUCUCGCCGCCGCAGACCGCUGUGGGGGCUCGACCUGGACACUAUACGGGACAUCAACAGCCUACGCCGCCUAUUAUGCAAUCACCGCGUCUAUCUGCGGCCGAGAUCUCUAGACCGCACACGGCAAGCAACAUGCGCCCUCCACUUGCUACGAUGUCACCAAUCUUAGGGCACGCAGAACCGCGCAGGCCAAACUCAAGCUACACUCAAGCCAUGCCUUUUCACGCCCCCUUGCCGACCAUGCUGCCAAACUAUUCGAGUACAGGCUACCAGUCAUCAGCACCGUCUGCUCACCAGUACGCCCAACCUAAUCGGCCUCAAGGUCACCUUCGAAGACAUUCCGAAAGCGCGUGUCAGCCCCAACUCCAGCAGUAUGCACUCGCAGGCAGCCCUCAGAUAGCAAACUCUACGCCACGGUCCUAUCAGUCGCAUGAGCUCGAUCAGGGUCCGAGACGUAAUCCGGCUCUCGAUCCCUUCCUCUCUGAGUUGUCUCCCAACGUUCGCAAAGCACUUCUGGAGCAAGUUGGAACAGAAAGACCUGAUCUUGUCCCCUGCGACUUUCUCAACAAUGAAAACAGGUAUCGAUGCCCUUUUUGCAAGGAAUCGACUCUGGAGCCAACAGCUCUUGUAAAUCACAUCAAGAUGAGUUGUCCAAAACUGGAGGAGAAGUAUAAACAGGACAAAAAUGAGCAGGCCUUUGAAGCGAAUCGAGGCAAGCGAGUCAAGCCAGCUAAGAGAAAGAGUCAGAUGGCCCAAGCAGCCAAGAAUGCCCGAGUGAGGAGUUGA